AUAAAAUAACAGGUCUUUUUGUCGCGGGCUGCGACCGCAUGUUACCUCCAACCUUAAAUUUAUAAAUACAAUAGGCAAGAGCCUGCUCUCCUACGUGAGAUAACAAUGACGAUCAGCCACAGCCACACUCAUUUAUGAGAUAACAAUUGGUUUAAAUGCCGAUGACCAGUGUCUGAUCCACUGAAUGAACCACACAGAGUAGUAGCGAACCGGGAGGAAUCACUGCAUCGUGAGACACCAGCAACGAGAGACCUGUACUUUCUAGCCUCCAUAUGUGAUUAUCCCUCUCUAAAAGUCAAAGCUGACCAUAAAAUAUUAUAUCCAAUUUGUCAAGAUGAGUGAAAGUGGUCUGAAAGCCAAGUUUUUAGAGUUCUGUGCAGAAGGGCGCGACAAAGUGGAUUCGGCAAAACUGUCGAAAAUAUUUAGAGAUUGUAAACUAUUAAACAAGAAGCUAACCGCAACUGACGUGGAUAUUUUAUUCAAUAGAACGGCUAAUGGGGCAAGAUAUAUUGACUAUCAGCAGUUUGAAGAUUUGCUGGACAAUGAAAGAGUAAAAGAGGCACAUCCUAAUGUUGAUAUUAAAGCCAAGAUUGCCGAAAGUGAUGGGCCCAGGACAUUUGAAAAAUCUGGCAGGGGUGGAAACUGACUAGGUUGCACGUUUGACGGAUACUUCCAAGUACAGUGCACGUGGCUCUGACAAGGAAAGUUUGAUGCCAAUAAAGACAAUGGAAUGGAAGGCCGUGCAGAUGCUGACAACAGUGGAUAUGUUGGAAAUUACACAAGGGUGCUGGAACAUAUGACGCUAAGCUUUGAGAUCAAAAACUCAACUUUUUUUUUUUUUUUGCAUCUGAUGCUUUGUGAUCAUUAGUUGGCAGGCAUAAUAUGUCGUUUUAGAAAAGAGCAGAGAAAGAGUCCACAAACUAAAUAAAAGUUGGCUAACUUUGAUUUUAUUUCAUAAAAUAAACAAUUCUGGCAAUUA